AUAAAGAACAAAAAAAAACGACUCUUGAAAAACAAGAGCAGGGGAGCCAAGCUGAGGUAACUCGCCGGGUCUGUAGGAAGAAUCCUGACAGCAGAAAUCGGGGAAACGAAUGAGAAAGCAAUCGAUCACAGCCUAUUGAUCACCAAAUUGUCUUUCUAUUUAAACGUUGACAAAAGUACACAGAUGGACAACAGAAAUGCCCCUGAAGAUAAACCUGUCCAGCGCUCCAAAUCCUUCAGCUUCAAGACACCGAGGGAGGUGUGCUCGUCAUGUGAGAAGACCGUCUACCCCAUGGAGAGAUUGGUGGCUAACAACCUGAUAUUUCACUCGGCCUGUUUCUGCUGCAAACACUGCAACACCAAACUCAGCCUGGGCACAUUUGCUGCCCUUUCGGGUGAUUUCUACUGCAAGCCGCACUUCCAGCAGCUCUUCAAGAGCAAAGGCAACUAUGAUGAGGGCUUUGGCCGCAAGCAGCACAAGGAGCUUUGGACCUCCAAGGAGGGAGAGAACAUAACAAAGACUGCGUAGCCACGCCUGUCUGUCCCAACCCUUCUCCCACGGGAAAGGCUAUACGGACACUCCUGACCUGCAAACCCACUUUUAUUUUCAGAAUUGGUAACGGUCGGGGUUAGUUUUAGAUUUUGGGUAGUUUUGCAGGUCAGCAGUAUCCUGCUGGUAUUUCCCAUCUCAUCCCCAAAGCUGCCUCUUCUCCACCUCCAACAUGUCAUAAAGAGCACCAACAUGUCAUGAGGGGUGCAGUCAACGCUCCUGUGUGCUCGCUCCACAUCAUGGGAGACAGACACACCCACUAUGACUGGCCAGUCACGCCCCAUGUUGCUCAACAUUUUAUUUAGUGGGGUGUUUAUUACUUUCAUUUGGUUUUAGUAUCAUUUUUGUUUUACAUUUGCUCUUUUGAAAUUGUUGAUUGUGACCAAACUGCUUAUUCACAAACCAGUGGUAUGUUUUUGCUGUCUGUCUGAGGACUACAUUAUCAUUGUUUUCUUGUUUAUUUUUCGGAUAAAUUUGCACCCUUUUGAUGCAACAGGCGCAAGGACCUUAUGCUCAGGUGAACAUAUGGUAAGAGAAGCUGGAGUUCACUCUAAGCUGUAGCGCAUACUCAGGUCAACCAUACUGAGCUAGGUUCAUUAGCAACUUUGUAUUUUAUGACUUCUUUUUAGUUCCAUAUAGUCAAUUAAAUCUAACACCAAUUUUAACGACCGGUCCUCUGCAUUGCGGUAGCACCGGCGGAAGCCAGUUUGUCAGGGUUCACUUAUCUGAGAAACAAACACGGUACUGUAAAACUGUCACACAUUCUCUCUCUCUCUGGGUACAGUUAGUUGAAUUCUGUCUUACUGUUCAAGUGUUUUUUUUUGCUCCUAUGAUCUGAAUGGCUGCUAGGUUUCAGUUCUGCAUGUUUGUCCUGUAUGAGUCUUAGCUGUCAUACCUUUAGUCUGUACUGCCCUCCUGUGUUCUGGAUGACUUUUUACAACUAAUCUGCUUCAUUAACUCUUAAUCAAACUUUACUGGUUUUAAAAUGCACUCUUUGCUCUCUUAUUUGCUGGGUUUGACUGUCAUGCGUUAAGUUGCUCUCACUCGUAGAGGCUAUCUUUUGUCUUUAUUCUGAAUAUGAGAAGUAUCUCAUAGGUGUUUGUACAUAGCUUGUGCUUAGUGAACAUAUCGCACUAUACUGUGCACAUAUGACCAUGCAUGUUGACCAGACAAGUCAAUGUUAGAUUGACAGGGAACAUAACCUAACAGGAAACCACAACUGUCACGCUAAUUUCCCCUGCGGCUUCCUGUCCAUGCAGAGCUGUCUGUUCAUGUACUAAAUUGGGCUAAGUUGGUGUGUAAAACUAAGCGGGACUUUCAAGACAACUGUGAACUCUGGUGGGGGAACAAUGUCAAAUCCUGAUGUCUGUGAUCUGCCAAUUGGGAAAGUCAGCUCUAGAAAGAGGCCAGAGUUCCUGAUGCAGAAUUAUGAGUUGGAUGACCGGUUGCAAAAAAAUAUUCUAUCAGCUGUUGUCUUGAAUGCUCCGUGUUCUGAAUGCGGCAGAAAUUCACAUAUGACUGGGAUGUCCUGACGGGGACACAAGUGAAAUCACAUAAUGUAAAAAAUAUAUAUAUUAUUGUGCUUCUCCAGUGACAUCACAUCUGCGAACAUAAUAUAUUUUUUAUUUUUUAUAAAUGCCUCAUGGCUUUCUUGUCUCGACUGCAUCACGUGAUUCUGAGCAGAGGUGGUGGAUUUGUGAAGAUGAUUCACUUCAGGCUGUUUACCAUUGGGGGAAAAAAUUGUCCGUUUCAGUCUGCUGAACAGGGUGGAUCUCCCAUCGACACCAAUGUGAUAGAUAGCAGCUGGUCCUGGUCUACUUUAUUGACUAAUGUAACCAGAAAGAAUGAGAGAGUGGGAUGUCUCACUGCUUUUUCAUCUCUGAUUUUGAGCAUCAGGACCUAGUACUAUGUGAGGGGUGGGCGCUAACAGGGAAUGUUGUUUGACCUGGGGCAUGUUCAGGGGAAUUCCUACGCAGUGAGUAAAGCCCAGGCCUACAGUGCCCUGAACCUCAGAGUAGCGCCUCCUGGUGGGAGAAGAGAGGUAGGAAAUGCUUGAGUCCGUUCAGCCAGUCCCAGUAAAGGCUUGAGAUAUUACAUAUCAUUAAUUGUCAAUAAACACGUUUGCCCCCAGUAAUUUCUUCUGUAUAGCUUUUACUCAUAUUUUAAAAUGUGGGAGUGGCCUCGGGAUGAAACGGUUGUGCUACAGGUAUUUUUAGGUUGGAAUGUUCUAAAGCGACACCUGCUUUAGCCAACAAACUCAGAUAAGAUUUUUAUUUUCUUAAUUCUUGCUUUAGAAUGAGACUAAAGCCAUUGAAUUACAUCAUUUGGGAAGUAUUCAAUGCCACAACACUUGAAUGACACAAUGUAUAUUGUGAUGGAAAGUUUACUGUGAAUUAUAAACUGAGUGGUUCGAGCCCUGAAUGCAGAUUGGCUGAAAGCCGUGUUAUAUCAGACCCCAUACCACGGGUAUGACAAAUAAUUUAUUUUUACUGAUCUAAUAAUAUUGGUAACCAGUUUAUAAUAGCAAUAAGGCACCUUGGGGGUUUGUGCUAUGUUGGGCAUAUACCACACCUCGGGUUUCAUUGCUUAAUUAGAGCAGACUGUGCAGAAUAGAAAAUAAAAUAUGUAACUUUUUUGAUAAGUAAAGCCUUAGAAAUAAAUGGCAAAAACCAUGGCCUAACAUUAUUGCUUUUUCAAAACAAUUUUUAUUUAAAAACAAUUUGAGUGCACAUACCUUUCUCCCUGUUCCAGCCUAUCCCCUGUGAAUGAAAAUAAUCCUUCUGCUUGUUUUCCACUUAGUCCUUGUGGUGGAUAUGAGUGGCUUCACUCAGCCAGAAGUUUACGUACCCGCUCAUCCUCCACUUUCUCCUGAAUGGUUUUCAUUUUUUCCUUACAUUUCCUCAAGUUGUAAAGUUAUCUAUUUGUUUUUAAAAUUUUGUAACGGUUCUCGAGACCACCCAGAAUGCUUUGUAACCAAGAACAUAUCAAAUAACACUGUGUCCAUAUAGUCUGUUAUGUGUGAGGAGUGUGCCAAGGUACAAUGGUGUUAUCCUGUGAAUAAACAUUCUUUGUAUAGAGAAACAAACGGAAAGAAAGAAGGUACUUUUCCAUACUGGUGCCAGGAGAUUCAGGUCUGUGAGAGCUGUGUGACUGUGUGUGUUCUGCGAGUCAUGUAGUUGUGUGCGAAAUUGGAUGUAGACUUAACAUUUAUUUUUCAAUGCAGGUGUCACUGUUGUCAAAAUGUAAAUGUAUGCAUUUAAAAACAAAAACAUUCUGUAUAACUUGACCUGUGGAUGGUGGCCUUACAAGCAAAAGGACGUUUUGGCUCUUACUCUUCUUUCACCUCUCCUCUCUUCUUCUUUUGGAUUAUUACUCCAGUUAAAUUGUGUUGUAGAAGAACAUGAUAAUAAUGUGAUUUGUCCCAACUACACAUACACACAAUCAAAUGGAUUUUGUUCAAUCAUUUUAUUUCAGUAGUUUAUUUUAAUUUUUUACAUGCUUUUGGAAAAAUAAAUGAAGAUGCUGGUGUUGAUAA